AUGGAUAAAGAAAAUGAGAUGUGUUCAUUUUGGCAGCAGCUACUUUGUCUCACGGACUCCCUGAAGGAUGAGAAUCACACUGCUGUGACAGAGUUCAUCUUACUGGGCUUAGCAGAUGAUCCAAUCCUUCGAGUCAUCCUUUUCAUGAUCAUCCUAUGCAUCUACCUGGUGACCGUAUCUGGCAAUCCCAGCACAAUCAUUCUUAUCAGAAUCUCUUCUCAGCUCCAUCAACCUAUGUACUUUUUUCUGAGCCAUUUGGCUUUUGCUGACAUGGGCUAUUCAUCUUCUGUCACACCUAACAUGCUUGUAAACUUCCUGGUGGAGAGAAAUACAAUCUCUUACUUUGGAUGUGCUAUCCAGCUUAGUUCAGCAUUUUUCUUUGGGACAGUUGAAUGCUUCCUUCUUGCUGCCAUGGCCUAUGACCGUUUUGUGGCAAUUUGCAGCCCACUGCUUUAUUCAAACAAAAUGUCCACACAAGUCUGUGUCCAGCUACUCACAGUGGCUUAUAUUGGUGGCUUUCUUAAUGCUUCCUCCUCUACCUUUUCCUUCUCUUUAUUCUUCUGUGGACCAAAUCAAGUCAAUCAUUUUUUCUGUGAUUUUACUCCUUUACUUGAACUCUCCUGUUCUGAUACCAAUAUCCCUGCAGUCAUUCCCUCAUUUUCUGCUGGCUUCAUCAUUGUGGUUACUGUGUGCAUCAUAGCCGUCUCCUACAUCUACAUCCUCCUCACCAUCCUGAAGAUGCGUUCCACCAAGGGGCGCCACAAAGCCUUCUCUCCCUGCACCUCCCACCUCACAGCGGUCACUCUGUUCUAUGGGACCAUUACCUUCAUUUAUGUGAUGCCCAAGUCCAGCUACUCAACUGACCAGAACAAGGUGGUAUCUGUGUUCUACAUGGUGGUGAUUCCCAUGUUGAACCCCCUGAUCUACAGCAUCAGGAACAACGAGAUUAAAGGGGCUCUGAGGAGAGAGCUUAAAAAUAUUUUCUAGCGAUGUCUGUUCUUUUUAUAAUGGUUGACACAGUAAUGUUCCAUAAAUAAAAUAAUAAAAAGAAAUUGAAUGUCUGAAAUAUAGCUAGUCAUACAUUAUUACCAGCAUGGAGCUUUUGUUAGUAGUGGGUGAAUUUUCAGCUACCAAAUAGUAAAUCAGAGGCACAUA